AUGGCAAGUCAAUUAGAAGAAUUAGUCUCAUUUUUACAUUCACCUCAACCAGCAGUUCGUCAAAUUGCGCUGGAUAAUUUGGUCGGGUUCAGUACAGGCCCUACUGCAAAGAUCUUCAAAUAUGAUAAUUAUAGAGCCAUUGAAGAUUUAAUUGAAUUGUCAAAGGAAAAAUCAAAACUAUUAGUCCAACAAUCAAUCACAAUCUUAGCCAAUCUUUGUGAUGAUAUAACUAUUCGUAAAUUGAUUGUGAAGAAUGUUAAAUUUUUGGAAUAUCUUUCUUGGAAGAUUUGUGAUUUAAAUAAUACAGGUGCUGAUAUUAUGUGUAUUCUUUUAAGUAAUUUGAGUAAAGAAGAUGAAGUUACUCAACUUUUCCAAUUUGAUAGAGAAUCUACAAGUAAAGAAAAUAAUAAAAUUUUAUCAAAAUUAGAUAGAGAAUUUUUUAAAAGUACUAAAAUAAUGGAUUGUUUAAUGGAUUGUUUUGUGAAAGGUUAUGAUAGACAAUUAAAUAAAUAUGCCAAUUAUGAUUACUUGUCUUAUUUUUUUGCCGAUAUUUCUAGAUUUAGAAAAGGUAGAGAAUACUUUAUUACCAAGCAAAAAUACGAUGAAGUUAUCCCAAUAUCUAAAUUAUUAGUAUUUACAGAGAAAUAUGAUUCUAAAACACGUAGAGAAGGGGUUGCCUCCACAAUCAAGAAUUCAUUAUUUGAUAAUGAAAUGCACAUGAAACUGUUGAGUGAUCAAGAUAUUAAUUUAUUACCAUUUAUCUUAUUACCAUUGGCAAGUGGUAAUGAAGAUGAAAUGAAAUUAGAUGAUGAAGAUAUGUUUAAAUUACCAGAUGAAUUACAAUUAUUGGACGAAGAAAAGAAGAGAGACCCAGAGGUUCCUAUUAUUUGUAAUCAUUUAGAAAGUAUCUUGCUAUUGAGUACUACAAAAGAUGGUAGAGAGUUUAUGAGGAACAGAUCUGUAUAUCCGGUUGUUAGAGAAUUACAUAAAAAUCUAAGUGACAAUGAUGAUAUUGACGAGUUGUGUAAUAGAAUAGUCAAUGUAUUGAUGAGAGGGGAGGUAACUGAUGAUAAAGUGGAAGAAUUGAUGUCUAGAGCUGCAGAUGAUGAAGGAGAAUCUAAGUACGAUAGUGACGAGGAGGAUGACGAUGCGAUUGUUGAAGUUAUAUAG